AUGGUGUGUUCUCUGACCAACAAUAACAACAACGGCAAGAGUUGCAACGAGAGCGGUGAGCCCUGCCCGGACCUGCAGUCGCGAUCCAGCCCCGACGCGCAGCUAGGCGAGAACAUGUCGUCGCUGAGCGACGCUCACAGACGGAACAGCCACUUGGAGGGCGACCGUAGCUCGUCGGCGGGCUCGUCGCUGGGCUCGUGCUCGCCGCCGCCGGCGUCCAGCCACUCGCCGCCGCCCGCCAGGCCGCCCUGGCUCCACGACUUCCACGCGGCCGCCGCGCCGCACGUUCUCCAGUUCCUCAACCUGAGCGCCGCCGGCGGCAGCAUGCUGGCCAGCCAGCCCCUGGCUGCCCUCCACUCCAUGGCGGAGCGGAGUCAUCACCAACAGCACCAGCAGCACCAGCAGCAACAGCAACAACAGCACCAGCAGCAGCAGCAACCACCGACGGGCAUGCAGCUGCCCAGGAUCAGCGUGCCGCUUUCCACCAUUACCCAGGGGCAAUCCUCGCCCACAGGGAGCGGCAAGCACAGUCCGGCCACCUCCAUCACCUCCGUCGGAAGCAAUCCGCACGGCAUCGACUCGAUACUCUCGCGACCGGCGGCCACGCAUCCCCAGGCGCCCGUCUCCGCGACGCACGCCGCGCUACAGCCGACGCCGCAUCCUCAGCACAUGACCACGCCGCGGUACGCCAUGCACGCGGGCUUCACCGCAUCCUCCGGUAUCGGACAAUUUCAACAAAGAACGGAGCCACGGCAUCCCGCUGUCUAUUGGCCGGGUCUUCAGGGAUUAGUCAGCGAUCCCCUAGCAUGGCGGGCAAGACUACACACACUGUCGCAACAGCUGGGUUGUCAGCAAACGAUGACAGGCACCGGCGGGGCUGGGGAGCACGAGGGUGGCAAGAAGAAGCACACGAGGCCAACGUUCAGCGGCCAGCAAAUCUUCGCCCUCGAGAAAACGUUCGAGCAAACGAAAUACCUUGCGGGACCGGAGCGCGCUAAAUUGGCGUACGCCCUCGGAAUGUCGGAAUCGCAAGUCAAGGUGUGGUUCCAAAACAGAAGAACAAAAUGGCGGAAAAAGCACGCGGCGGAAAUGGCAACGGCGAAAAGGAGGCAGGAGGAAGUAGAGGGCGUUGUUGCCGAAGGAGAGGACGGAUGCAGCGACGCAGAGACUGAUGGGAACAGCGAGACUGCCGCGAAGAGGCUCAGGAGGGAACUCGAGCAACAGUACAGGCAUUAA